AUGAAUAGUCACACCGAUGCACGUCAACAAAGGCGAUCGUUACUUUCAACUAGUCUAGCUGGAGAGAAAAAUUUCAGCGCUUCUAUACAAUCACCACAACAGCAACAGCAACAGCAACAGCAACCAGAAAUGUAUUUUCAGCAGCUGCAGCAGGAGUAUCAUCCAAUGUCUCAUGAACAUCCUAUUUUGUGCAUAAACGAAGAGAAUGAUAGGCAAGGUAUACGGUAUGCGGAACAUCCUGAACCGCAACUCUUGGCUAGCUCCGUGGGCAAAGAUCUAAAUGGGAAGCUAAUACCAUCUUCGUCAACCAUCUCGCUACUUUCAUUGAAUCAAGAUAUGUCUUCGAAAUUUAACGAGCAACAAUACCAGCAACAGCAACAACAACAGCUGUCCUUUAUAAUGCCAAAAUCUUCACGAACAACUUCGUAUUCAAAUCUACAGAGACUACAACCUUACCAAAGGUCGGCUACGAUGUCUCCACCAGUUCUGCAACUGUAUUCACAUCAACAACAGCUUCUAAGCAUAGCAGCAUCGCCCGAUGGUGUGAGUUUACAACCAUUGGAAAUACCAACUGCCAAUAACAAUACACUACUAUCAAAUCCUGGAACAGUCCCCAAUUCUCCAAAUUUGGACCCAGUUUCUUUAGGUGGAUCUCCUUCCCGGUUCUGGCUUUCUUCACAAACACCCCCAAGUUCAGCCACGUAUAUAAUGAAGAGUAGAACAGGCCAGCAGGUGCCACUUCUUCUGCUGCUGCUGCUGCUGCUGCACUCUCAAGCACAAUAUGUCGUACACAAGAGUGCGGGUGGAUCCAUUUAUGAGGCAAGAAACGGCGAUGAUUCUCCAGUGUUGAACCCAGUGCAAACGCCAACAGAGGAUCCACCGAUGACUCCGUUGUUUUUGAGCACUACAAAUAAUCUCAAACAUGUUGAUUACUUUAGUCACUACCAUCCUAAUCAGAGUGAUUUGAAGGAAGACGUACUGGAAGAGGAGAAAGAAGAGGAAAAAGGGGAAGUAGCGAAGCAAGACGAUAAAUUGCACGAGGAAGAACAUAACAUUACACGCACACAACCCCAAGACACUCAACGACGAGGUAGAAAUCAUGAAACAUUAAGCGGCAUUAUUGAUUCGUUUAUCCACCCUCAUCAAACAAAUCAUGCCACCACUGCAACCUCAACUCUCGAUGCUAGUUUUGCCGAUUCUGCAAGCUCUCUUGAAUCCUUAUCUGCAGCAUUAAAUCAGUUGAGGACUUUGGAUAAUUCGGAAGUUGCCGAUUCACUAUUGAACAUAUUGGAUUCCAACCCUAAACAAAAGGGAGUUAAUCUGGAAUUUUUGGACACAUUGGAACGAGUUCCUGUUUCUCAAUUAUCAGACGAUGAAUUUUGUCCCAUAUGUACCAAUCGGUUCAAAGAAGACAAGUACCCGUUAAUUGUUAAAUUACCGUGUGGUGUCAAAAAUUCCAAGCACUUUUUCGAUUUGGAAUGUGUUGGACCUUGGUUAAUGACAAAUUCGACAUGUCCCAUGUGCAGAACCAAUGUUUUAGAAGUUGAGGAGAAUAGAAGGAAACGGAUAGAAGAAGAGAUUAGAAAAGCGCGGGAAGAGGAUUCUGAAGAAGAAGCCGAAGAAGGUUGGGAUGUUUACGGUUAA